GAAGUAUUCGGGUAAUCGUUAACAAAUUGUACACCAGUUGUGUGAUCAUCGACCUGGUCAGUAUGACACUGGACAGACGAUUACAGUGUUUGUUAUGGCUGUACAUCACCACACUCCAAGGUAUGACUGGAUUAUCUGUGGUAGUCAGUCCCAGUCCUACAGCCGAGGUCGUGUCCGGUCAGACCCUCAGUACCACGUGUCAGUGGACAGCUGACUACACAGGACCAACUGCUGUUGUUAACUAUAGACUGAAUGAUAGUGGAGGUGGAAUAGGUGCAGUGUAUAUAAACUUUGGGACAUCAUGCCCAUCAGUACCACCCUACACAUUUACCUGUAACAGAGACACGAGGACAAUGGGGAUACAGAUUCCCGCCAACAGUUACAGUCAACGGGACAGAUGGACAUGUGAGGGGAGAAAUAACAACUUCGACAAUACAAUACCGCCACAGACAGACACGACCACAGUGGACGUUAUAGAUGAGU